AUGUGCUGAGGUGUAUUUAUAGAGGAGGAAUGUGCUGCUGAAAAUAACCCUGUCAGAGUUAGGAACAGCAACAGAUGGAAACUGAGAAACUAGAUCUAAACACUGGAUUAACAAACAUCAUUACAGUCAGCAGUCGUCGGGUGGUUUGGCAGGAGGUGAGGAGGAGCAGGACAGACGGUCUAUCAUUGACUCGCGGUCAGACACAAGCUCCUUCAGUCCGUGUCUGUGGUCGUGAUGGAGGUAGAGCGUCCAGCGUCCAGCAUCAACGGCCUCCAGCAGCACACCGAGAUCUCUGCUGAAUCUGAGACUCCUCGCCGCAGCGAUGUCAAAGUCUACAAGGAGUUCUGUGACUUCUACGUGCGAUCAAACAUGACGAACGCUUUGGCCCACGCGGUGUGUGAGUGCUGUAAGAGCGGCUUCACGCCGACGGAGAAGAUGGUGAACAGUAACGGAGAGCUGUACCACGAGCAGUGCUUCGUCUGCGCCCAGUGCUUCCAGCAGUUCCUGCACGGCCUCUUCUACGAGUUUGAAGGCAGGAAAUACUGCGAGCAUGACUUCCAGAUGCUGUUCGCUCCCUGCUGUCAUCAGUGUGGCGAGUUCAUCAUUGGCCGUGUGAUCAAGGCCAUGAACCUCAGCUGGCACCCCGACUGUUUCUGCUGUGAUCUCUGUCAGGCCGUUCUCGCUGACGUGGGCUUUGUGAAGAACGCAGACAGACAUUUGUGCCGCCCGUGUCAUAACCGUGAGAAGGCUCAUGGUCUGGGGAAGUACAUCUGCCAGAAAUGUCAGGCCGUCGUUGAAGACGUUCCUCUGAUAUUCAAGAACGAUCCGUACCAUCCUGACCACUUCAGCUGCAAUAACUGCGGUAAGGAGCUGACGGCGGACGCCAGGGAGCUCAAAGGCGAGCUGUACUGUCUGCCGUGUCAUGAUAAGCUGGGCGUGCCGAUCUGCGGCGCCUGCAGGAGACCCAUCGAGGGCCGUGUGGUCAACGCCAUGGGCAAACAGUGGCACGUGGAGCAUUUUGUGUGUGCUAAAUGUGAGAAAGCGUUUCUCGGUCACCGGCACUAUGAGCGCAAGGGCUUGGCGUACUGUGAGACUCACUACAACCAGCUGUUCGGAGACGUCUGUUUCCACUGCAACCGCGUCAUUGAGGGAGACGUCGUGUCUGCGUUGAAUAAGGCCUGGUGUGUCAAAUGCUUCAGCUGCUCCACAUGCAACUCCAAGCUGACACUCAAGGAUAAGUUUGUGGAGAUGGAUCUGAAGCCCGUGUGUAAGCGCUGCUAUGAGAGAGUGCCAGACGAGCUCAAGAGACGCUUGUCCAGACGUGAACAAGACAACAAGGACAAGAAGAAGAAGAUGCCCAUCUGUCUGUGAUGAUUCCUGCCAUCACAACACUUGUUUCACCUCAGCGGAGAAACACGAGACUUCACUGAACGACUCGAGCGUCUGAUACACUCACUGGAUACACAAUGUUCAUGUGUGGAGGAUUGUGUUUGUGUUGAAUCUGUUAUGAGCCUCAUCACAGCUGAGACUGAGAUUUAUUGUAGUUCAUGAACAUGAGGAGAUAUGCAGACUUGUGUUCUGUUGUGCUGUUUGAUUCCUCUUGAGUUCUGCUGAAUUAUAUUUUAUGUGUGGAUGUUUAUAUUGUUCAGCUGCAAAAACACAAUAAAAUGUUUUACUGUAA